UUCCCGACGUUCACUAUAUUAUAAGUGGCAGUUGGCCCCAAUAACCAACGAACAAGACCAUCUCCUCUUGAAUGGACUUGGGAACCUGCCCUCUUCAACGCCCAUUCUCCGACAUGAAGUCCUUCAACCUCUCCGCCAUGCUGCUGGUGCCGGCGGCCCAGCUCGUCAUGAGCGCCUUCGCCGACGACUGCAGCGCCCUCGCCACCACCCUGAAGCUGCCCAACACCACCGUCUGGUUCUCGACCGCCCUCCCCGCCGGCACGAACAUCACUUUCCCGGAGAACCACCCAACGUGCGGCCGCCCCAACCAGGUCAUCAACGUCGACAUCUGCCGCGUGUCGAUGCUGACGACCACGGGCCCCGCGAGCAACAUCUCUCUCGAGGCCUGGCUCCCAUCCAACUGGACCGGUCGCUUCCUGAGCACCGGCAACGGAGGAACGGGCGGCUGCAUCCAGUACGAAGACAUCUCCUAUGCCGUGUCCCGCGGCUUCGCCGCCGUCGGUGCCAACAACGGACACAACGGCACCAUCGGCUCGCCGUUCCUCAACAACCCGGGCGUCAUCGAGGACUUCGCCUACCGCUCCCUGCACACCGGCGUCGUCAUCGGAAAGGAGACGACCAAGGCCUUUUACGGCAAGGAGCACACCAAGUCGUACUACCUCGGAUGCUCGACCGGCGGCAGGCAGGGCUUCAAGGAGGCCCAGGAGUUCCCGGACGACUUUGACGGCAUCGUGGCCGGCGCGCCCGCCCUGUCCUUCACCAACCUGACCUCCUGGAGCGGCCACUUCUUUACCGCCACCGGCACCCCGGACAAGCCGACCUUCCUGUCGGCCGCCCUCUGGAACCUCGUCUACAAGGACGUCCUGGCGCAGUGCGACGGUCUUGACGGCCACGUCGACGGCAUCAUCGAGGAUCCGGACCUGUGCCACUACCGCCCUGAGGCCCUCAUCUGCGGCACCGGCCAGACCGAGAACUGCUUGACUGGCACCCAGGCCGAGACGGUCCGCACCGUCUUCGGCGACCUGUACGGCCUGGACGGGACCCUCGUUUAUCCCCGUCUCCAGCCCGGCGCCCAGGCCACGGCCAUGCUGCUCGCCGGCCGCUCGUUCUCCUACACGACGGACUGGUUCCAGAACGUCGUCUACAACGACACCAACUGGGACCCGGCCACCCUCGGCCCCAAGGACUACGCCACGGCCGCCGCGCAGAACCCGGGCAACAUUCAGACCUGGAACGGCGACCUCUCGGGCGUCCGGGACCGCGGCACCAAGGUGCUGCACUACCACGGCCUCCAGGACCCCAUCAUCAGCAGCGACAACUCGGCGCGCUACUACAACCACGUCUCGCGCACCAUGGGCCUCACCUCGGCCGAGCUCGACGACUUUUACCGCUACUUCCGCAUCUCCGGCAUGAACCACUGCAGCGGCGGGCCCGGCGCCAGCUUCAUCGGCAACCAGGAGAAGGCCGUCGCCGGCUACGAGCCCGAGCGCAACGUCCUCUCGGCCAUUGUCCGGUGGGUCGAGGAGGGCGUCGCCCCGGAUUCGAUCCUCGGCACCGCCUUUGUCAACGGCACCAAGGGCGGCGAGGUCGCCUUCACCCGUAAGCACUGCAAGUACCCGACGCGCAACGUGUACAAGGAGGGAGACCCCAACUCGGCGGACAGCUGGAACUGUGUUUAAAAAGUCGCCUUUGUUGUGGUUGUCGUCGUAAAUUCCGAUGUAAAUAUUCUCUUCCCCAAUGACUGGGAUGCUAUCAUGACAACAUGUCAAUAUCUAAUCAGCAACCUUUUCCCUGUACAAAGCACCAUCAUACUCUUUCUGUCUGAUCAGGCCUGUUGCGGGAGGCUCCGUCUCCAUACAACGGGUUUGUUGGAAAGUCUCGUCGUCCAAGGGCUGAAAACCCCAGCUUUCCACUCUAUGUAGUCAGUCUCGUUAGCCCUAUUUCGAGGAAGCAAAGUUACACAUGGUACAUUUCUUGUUUAUUUUAAUGUAUCGUUUCACUCUGCAUAAACAUUAACUAUAUUCUAAGGGUCAAGCCUUCGAGGAAAAUGGCCCAUGGCGGUUUACACAAUAAGACCAGCAGAUAAUUGGCGCUAUGCCCCAAGCUCCAGCCAGCAACCUUAUGGGGUUGUCUCGGCAAUAAAUACAACAACCAGCUCACACUUCUUCUGCCCAUAUCCCUAUUCGAGCGUCUACC